UCAGAGGAAGCAAAUCAAGAUCAGAGAAAAGAGAUCAAUGGCAAGUGGCACGGUGUUGAAGAAAAGUGGAGGAGGAGGAGGAGGUCAGGUGAUAGACGGUUCGGAUAUAAUGGAAUUAGUUGGAAACGAGAAGGUUUUCAGCAAUUACGUGGAUCAUAAAUUUGAGGAACUCGAUAGUGAUAGAGAUGGCAAGCUCUCUGUGAAAGAGCUCCAGCCCGCUGUGGCCGACAUUGGUGUUGCUCUUGGUCUUCCUGCUCAGGGAUCCUCUCCUGAUUCUGAUCAUAUCUACUCUGAGGUUUUGAAUGAAUUCACUCAUGGUAAACAAGAGACAGUGAGCAAGAUAGAGUUCAAAGAAGUACUAUCAGACAUUCUACUAGGAAUGGCUGCAGGAUUAAAGCGGGACCCAAUUGUGAUCCUGCGGAUCGAUGGAGAGGACCUUGUAGAAUUCAUCAAUAGCCCAAGAUUUGAACCAGAGAUGGUCUCUAUAUUCUCACCGAUUGAAACAGCCGAUGUAUCUUUCCAUGAUUACGUUUUGAAGGCAUUGGAACAGCUCACAGUUGAUCAUGGGAUGCCGCCGUCUACAGAUCCUUGGGUUACAAGCAACAUUGUGGAACCUGCUUUGCAGUCCUGCGCAAUAAGUCAUCAGGGAGGAAUAGUUUCUCAAGAGGCUUUCAUAGAAGAAUUCAAGAAGGUGGCUGAGAACCUGGCUCAGCGUCUGAAAGAGCAUCCAGUAAUUGUUGCUCACAGCGAAAACACCUUUGAUGGGAGCAGCAUCAAGAGGUUGUUUUCCAACAAAUUUGAAUUGGACAAGUCCUUGGAUGCGGCAGUGAGGAAUCUACCGAAAGCUCGGCAACACGAGGUGUCCAAGGAGUAUCUACGUGUUGCCCUUGAUGCACUAGCACCAUCAGCUGGUUUGCCUCCUUUCGGUGCCAUUGAUCAGGUGGACAUGGUUACGAACGAGGGGUUCAAAAUGGUGAAUGCGGAUGAUGGGAAGGCUGUUUCAGAAGAAGAAUUCAAAAAACUAAUGACAGAGAUCCUUGGGAGUAUUAUGUUGCAAUUAGAGGGUAAUCCCAUCAUGGUUUCUUCGAAUUCGGUCGUGCAUGAGCCUCUUUCUUCACCUUCGAACCUGUUAACCACAUCGUCGUCAUAAAUGUU